GCUGCUGAGAAAAAUGUAGUGCUAGGCGACAAUGGCUUACAGCUGCAGAGCAGAUGGAAUAAAUUGUUCAGGGCUUUUGAAGUAGAUAGAAGAGAGAGAAUAGUGAGGAGAGGGAAUGGUGAUGAUAGAGAAUUACCUAGUUUAAUUCGACCGCGAGCAGAAAGGACGACGCAGGCGGCGGCGGCGGCGGCUGCUGCACGGCGGGGGGUUUACCUGAAAGAAGUGGGAAAGAGAGAG